CUUAAAUAAUCAGCUAUAAUAUCAGAUAUUUCAGAACUCUCAACGUCCUCUUCAGGCAUUUGUACAUAUAUAUAUAUAGAAAUAUAUUGAUCAUUGGUGAUCACCAAAUAUUCUCAGAACUCAUCUUUUAAAUCUUGUUUGAAAUGGAUUCUCAAGAUCAACAAGGAGAAAAGAAAUCAAGUGGUGAAAAGAUAUUGGAGAGAUUGGCGAAGGGAGAAAUUGGAGAUGAGGAGUUGAAGAAGCUCAUUAGAAUUCGGUUAGAAAAGAUUUUGGAAUGGGGUUAUAAACCCACUCUUCAAGACCAACUCACUUCCAAUCUCGACUUCAUAAAAUCCUUAAAAGAGAUGGAGAUGUCAGGAGACAUGGAGGCUAUGAAUAGUGAGCAAUAUGAAUUACCUACAGCUUCUGUUAAAGUUUCUCUAGGAAACACCCUCAAACAAAGUGCAUGUUAUUUCAAAGAGGAAUCCAUGACGCUAGACGAAGCAGAGAUAGCUGCAUACGAGUUGAACUGCGAAAGAGCAGAAAUCAAAGACGGGCAAACUAUACUUGACAUUGGUUGUGGUCAUGGGGGUUUAGUUCUUCAUAUUGCCCAGAAAUAUAAGAAUUGUCAUGUUACAGGGAUGACUAAUUCCAUUGAGCAAAAAAGUUAUAUUAUGUUGCAAGUAGAGAAGCUUAAAUUGUCCAAUGUGGACGUUAUAUUAGCUGACGUCACAAAAUUCGAAUUCGAAACCGAGAAGAAGUUUGAUCGAAUAAAUGUAAUCGAAACCAUAGAGCACAUGAAAAACAUUCAACUGUUUCUGAAGAAAAUCUCAAAAUGGAUGAAAUAUGAAGAUAGUUUUCUUUUUGUGGAACACCUUUGCCACAAAGCUUUUAAUCAACAUUUUGAGGCACUUGAUGAGGAUGAUUGGUACACCAGUUAUGUUCUCCCGAAAGGGAGCCAGACGAUGCUGUCUGCUUCGGCUCUUCUAUAUUUUCAGGAUGAUGUCUCAAUUGUGGACCAUUGGUUGUUGAACGGAAAGCAUAUGGCACGUUCACAGGAGGAAUGGGGAAAGAACUUAAACAAAAAUUUGGAAGUUGCAAGAGAAGUACUAAAGCCGGGACUUGGAAGUGAAGAAGAAGUGAACCAAGUUAUCACUCAUUAUAAGACAUUUUUUAUUGGAUUUGCCGUGCAAUUCUCAUUCAACAAUGGAGAAGAAUGGAUGAUUUCACAUGUUCUCUUCAAGAAAAGGUGACUCAUCAACAACUUCAUAGAGAUAAUUUCAUGAUGAUUAAUUUGAAUGCUUCGUUUCUUCUUUUGAGCUUUUAAUCGUGUAUUAAUAAUUUUUAUCGUAGAACUUCAAUAUUGCCGCAUUUAUGUUUUGGAUUGAUCUUUUUAAUGGGAAAUAAUCAUAUAUUUUCCAGAAUAAAUGUGUACUUUUUUUUUUUUGAUGAACAAUCAGACCACAUUUCAUUCAAUC